AUGAAAAUCCGCAACUACAUCUUUGGCAAAGUGACAGAUCCGUUUAGCCACAUUGAGAAGAUAAAGGGACUGUUGGAGCUGCCCACGGGAAAGGUUAAAAGCAAAUGGAGGGUCACAAAUUUUGUGCAAAAUUGUGUGCGUAGGUAUGAUGAGGAAGUGGCUAAGAAGAGUUACAAAAUAAAACAUGACGUUCAUGCAUCGUUGCGGGAGGACUUCCUCCCCUCCGAGGGAAACACAAACGAGGAGCUGCUAUUCAUUAACAGGUAUGUAUACUUCGAACAUAACACUGACAAGAAUCUACUAGUAUGUAGGAAAAAAAUAAAAAGGAGAUUUGGGACGAAUGACUGUUUUCAUAAUGUUAACAAAUCGCUGGAUGAUUUGAAGAGGGAAGGUUACGUCUCGAGGGAGACCUCCGAAAUUGUGGCCUGCAAGGACAAGUCAAGGAAAGGGAUUCUCCAUUAUGAGUUAAGGUUAAUCAGACUGGUAGGGAGGGCACUUCUACGAGGGAAGUACUUCCUUGAGCACUUUUGCCACCAUGUGGUUCUCAUAGGGAAGGGGGACAAUCGAACAGAAGUGUAUACCCUCGAUUGUGAUGCGCUGCAUCUCUAUGCUGGACAACUCGGACGAGUUAAGAAGCGCGGAAAGGAAAAAAUUUUCUUCCCCACCCACUCGGUGCACAUAACGAGGGAGGAAGUACCCAUAGAUGGUCGCUUACGGAGAAUGAUAACGCUACAAAACUGCACACUUCACGAUUUCGACAUGACCAAGUACGGUCUUGUCCUCUACACUUAUCGCUAUUUUUUGAAGCCGCUUUUAUGCCUCUUAUAUUUAUUUGAGGGAAGAGAGUUGCCAAUCACGCUGAUCUACAGACACAGCAAUAAUAGCAACCUGUAUGACAUCGAAAAGGAAUGUUACAAAAGUUUUUCCCAACAUGUAGAAGAGGAGCAUACCUCAUUCACAGUGACCGUUACUUCCUUGGGAGAUCUCUGUGUACAUUUUUUUUCAUCACAAAAAUGGAAUCUAGACAUGGGGAUACAAGUAGACAACCAUCUCCCUCUAUUCAUUAAGACAAGCAAAACUAUCAUCAACGUCUACCCCUUUUAUCGUCAACUGAACAUUUGCAGCUACUCGGAUGAGUCCCACUUUUAUCUUCUAAAUAAUUUCAUUCUAGUUUAUUUUCACCUGACCGGUUCAGGUGGAUUGCAAGAAGGGAAAAAAAAAAAACUGUACAGAAGUACCACACUUGAUAAACUUACAACCAUUCGAGAUUUCACAGAUUCUAUUAAUUGUUUAAAACAUUUGAACAUUAGUGACACAGAAAGUAUGUCUAUUUAUUUACAUUCCAACAGUGGUCUCCUCGGGGAGCCAACCUACAGCGAAGUCUUCUCCACCCCAAGCGAAUCCGAUCAGAGGAUCCUAUUCAAACUUAGCAUAACUACUCAUAAAGACAAUCCCUUCACAAGUACGGUCCUGCUCUACCUAAACAAGUACGACAUAAUAUGUCCUAAUGUUAACUCUGUGAAAUAUUUUGUAAAAUACAGUCAUUAUAAGAGGGUGCAUGUGAGGUUCUGUUACUGCUCUUUUGGCUCUGAUUAUGUGGGAGGUAGGGUAAACUUCCUCAAUUUCCACCGUGGGGACGGCACGGGGGAGGGGCAGACGAAGCCCCUGUACAUUUCCUUCUCCGAGCACGGGGGGCACGGCGGGUUCGCCGACUACGACUCGCUGCUGCGCAGGACGCUGGGCCGCAUCCACUUUCACCUGGUUGGGCAGCGCUAUGAGGCGGCGUGA